GGGGCCUCGUGCUCCAGGGCCAGGCUUGGUGACUGGGCUGAGGAGGGAGCCGCGCGCUGGGGCUGCGGUGUGCGGCUUCCGCUUCCGGGUCGAGGACUGGGGGACUCGCUGCAGCUGCUGCCGGAGCCGCCAUCACCGCCGCUAUGCCGAAAGGAGGUAGAAAAGGAGGCCACAAAGGCCGAGCAAGACAGUACACAAGCCCUGAAGAGAUUGAUGCACAGCUCCAAGCAGAAAAACAAAAGGCCAGGGAAGAGGAGGAGCAAGAAGAAGGGGGAGAGGGGGCAAUAGGAGACCCCAAAAAAGAGAAGAAAUCGUUAGAUUCAGACGAGAGUGACGAAGAUGACGAGGACUAUCAGCAAAAGCGCAAAGGCGUGGAAGGGUUGAUAGACAUAGAGAAUCCCAAUCGCGUUGUUCAGACAGCCAAAAAAGUAACUCAGCUGGAUCUGGAUGGACCCAAGGAGCUGUCGCGGAGAGAGCGAGAAGAAAUAGAGAAGCAGAAAGCAAAAGAAAGAUACAUGAAAAUGCAUCUAGCUGGUAAAACGGAACAGGCAAAGGCAGAUCUCGCUCGACUAGCCAUCAUCCGGAAACAGAGGGAAGAAGCUGCCAAAAAGAAAGAGGAGGAAAGAAAAGCAAAAGAUGACGCGUCUGUGGCAGGCAAAAGACUGCAAUCACUAUCCCUUAACAAAUAAGCACAGGACAUGCAGGAGGAAGAAUUCCAGGGAACUCUGCCUGGUGCCUGCCAGGAACUCUGCCAUGUUGCAUACCACAUGCAGGGUGUACUGCAACAUCGAAGUCAAAUUCACCUCCAAGAGACACUGACAGUGUGUUCGUCUUCAUCUUGGCACAGAAUUCCAUUUUGGGUUGGGGGGGCAGCUGCUAUCUUCAGGGCAGAACCGUGCUGAACAGCACUUCUCUGUGUAACAGUUUGGAAACCUGAAUGUUUUUGCUGUUUUUAGGACCGAGAACACAUUAGGGGCAGGGUAGGGGAGCAAGGUGGGAGGGGAAAUGCUUCAUAUAUUAGAUCACAAAACCUAGAUUUUUCUGUCAGCUUGGGGGUGGGGUAUGGGGUCGGUAAUCUUGAUGAAAACCCAAAGGUCGGGGGGGUGUAUCGUCAGGACCCACUUCUGCAAACAGCCCGUGAAAUUGAGCUGCAGAGUGUUGUAAGAAUAGUCUGGAAGCCUAACUUCAGGGCUGUUUUUCUGGAGUGCUGUUCAUUCCCAUUUUCACCCUCCACCCCUCCCCCCCCCCUUUCCCUCCUUUUUUCUCUCCUCUGACUAGGGAUAGUGUCAGUUUUUAACCACAUCAUCCUUUGUUUAAAGCAAAGCCUUCAUUGAUUGUACCAAAACCCAGGUAAAAAGAAAAACUCAAUAAAUUAAAAACAAACCAACCCAAACUUGUAUAUUUGGCUGAUUAAAAUUUAAAUUAUCGUAAA